GUGCCAGUUGAAGAGCCCCGUCAGACUCUACCCCACGAUGAAGCUCAUCCUGAUGCUAUUAGCACUGAUUUCCUUGAUGGCAUUGGUGUUGGCCCAGGAAUGCAAUACGGAGUGCAACAGACGCAUCGAGUACCUCUGCGGUACAACGGUGCGAAGUGGAGUUGAAAUCGAGUGCAGCUUCAGGAAUCCCUGCGAAAUGCAUAGACAUGCCUGUCAAAAAAGGGAGGUUUGGAGGAAGGCGUCGACAGGUCGGUGCACGCGAGACUCGGAUACCUGUGGCCGCUAGGCAAAAAAUAUGAACCAGGCAGCAG